AUGAUGGACAUCGACCAAGUGCUGAAAUCUUUGGGCAUGGGCCGGUACCAGGUCAUAGGUUGCAUAUUAUUCGGACUCAUAAUAAUGUAUUCAAACGUGUCGCCGGUCACCUAUGUCUUCACUGCCAGCGAUUUAAAAUACAGGUGUGAAAUACCGGAAUGCGAUGCGCCGAACUCGAAAGAACGUACGUACCAGCCUGAAUGGUUGCAGUUCACAAUGCCUUAUAGAAACGAUACGAAACAACCGCGCAAGUGUCAGCGGUACGCUGCGUUGUCUGGUCCAUUGGUAAACGGUACGCGAUGCUCGUCCAGUGGAUUCAACAACGACGCGAUCGAGUGGUGCCGCGACAGUUGGGUAUUCGAAGACUUCGAAAACACCAUCGGCACGGAGUUUGGACUAAUGUGCGAAGAUAACAAAUGGAAGCUGUCGAUGGUGGGAACGGUUAACAACUUCGGUCAAUUUAUCGGAAUACCAAUGUCAGGGAUAAUUGCCGACAGGUAUGGCCGUAAGUUUACUAUGGUGUUUUGUGCAGUUACAUCGGCUGCGUUAUGUAUCGUUCAAUCGUUUUCGACCAGUUAUUUGAUGUUCUUGAUUUUGGAAUUGUUGUCUUCGACAGUGUCCAGUGGAAUUUACUCGAUCACUUUUAUAUUAGCAAUGGAGUUAUUUUUGCCCCAUCAGCGUGUACUCUAUUAUUCGAUUCUAGAAUGUUUCCUCCCGGUCGGCUCUAUUUUAGUGGCUUAUGUCGCUAGCUUUGUGAAAGAUUGGAGACUCUUAUUGCAGAUAGUUAACAUCCCGGGAUUACUGUUCUUGUCAUACUUUUGGCUAACGGAAGAAUCAAUGAAGUGGUUAGAAAGUCAAGGUAAACACGACAAAGUUAUCAAUACGCUUAAGAAAAUUGCUGCCGUCAAUAAAAAGCCUUUCCCUAACCUGCAUUUGAAUACCCAAACACAGAGCAUGGAAUGUUUAGAAAAAAACGAUGCAAAUUUCAGCGGCAUCUUGAAAGACAUAAUUCGUUCUUCGACUAUAUUCUGGAGGAUGAUCAGGUGUUCAUACGUGUGGAUAGCAGUAACCCUGGUAUACUACGGUCUAACGGUAAGCUCGACGGACAUUGCAGGAGACAAGUAUCUAAACUUCUCGUUAGUGUUGUUCAUUGAAAUCCCGGCUUGUCUAUUAAACUGGUUGAUAAUGGAAGGCAUGUCAAGAAAAAAAGCGCUGUGUUGUAUGUUCGUGUUAAGUGGCAUCACUUGCGUCAUGUAUAACUUAAUGUCAGGUGAAUUAUUCUUGAUAAAGCUGUUACUGUUCUUGGUCAGUAAACUUGCAAUAUCCAUCGCCUUUUGCAUAAUUUACAUGCUGACCGCUGAAAUAUUUCCCACCAGGAUGCGGGCCACCAUGAUGUCCAUGUGCUCUAUGCUCGGUCGGAUAGGGUCCAUGUUGGCGCCUCAGGCCACGCUGCUGACCGAGUAUUUUGGAGUGUUUGCGACAAUGCUCGUAUUUGGAUUAACCGCGUUCGCGGCCGCAGGCAUCACCAUGACUUUACCGGAAAGUAAGAAUAUCAAGUUGCCGGACACCAUCAACGAAGCCGAAAAGAUCGGAACCAAUGUCAAACCACAAAACAUCGAUAUAAACUCGCCGUAGAGUUCCUAUUACACUUUAACGAUUAUCAUGUAUAACAAUACUUACGCUCGAUGAAAGCAUAAUAUUGUUUUUCAUACUUUUGUAUAUUAUGCGCGCCACCCGAACAACAUUUUUACUAUCGCAGUUAUGUUUAGAUAUUGCAAAUUACUCACGGACAACCAAUUUAUUUAUUAUGAAAAUGGGCGUCUACGAUCUCCGGAUCGGGGGCCGCACACGCGUUAGAGAGAGUGGGUGGUUGCAGGACCAAUUAACCUGUUAACUUAAUUUUAAUAUAACCAUAUUAUAACGAGCUAGUAUAUAAUUGCUUAUCUAUAAUAAUUAUAAGAUAAUCGCGCUAUUCUAUACAUAGUAGCUUUUUAAUUAUCUUAACAAUAGGCUCUUUUCAGUCCUUCCAAACUUGUCAUUUUAACACAAUUGUUAAAAAUUAAUUGUAAAUACCACACAUAACUGUUUCAAACUGAUAAACAAACUACUAAUUGAAAGGCAUAGAACUAUACGAUUUGACUUAAUGUACUCUUAGAAUGAUGCAAUAUUAAUAUAAUGAUACAUAAAAAGAUGAGAAAAUGUACAGAAAUAUGUUUUUAUAGUGUCAAUAAAUACACAAAUUAUGUAAAUGA